AUGGCUGGCAUCUUCGAGGGCCCGCGCAGCGGUGGGACAUUGUUUCUCGGUGGUCAGAAGAUCAGUGGCCAGGACAUUCGAGACCAAAAUGUCCUCGCAACGCAGGCAAUUGCAAAUGUCGUCAAAUCCUCCUUUGGCCCUUCAGGCUUGGACAAGAUGAUGGUCGACGAUAUUGGCGAUGUCACGGUCACCAAUGACGGCGCCACCAUUCUCAGUCUACUCGACAUCGAACACCCUGCCGGGAAAAUUCUGGUCGAUUUGGCUCAACAGCAAGACAAAGAGGUGGGAGAUGGCACCACAUCCGUUGUCCUUCUCGCCGCCGAACUCCUUCGACGGGCAAACGACCUCAUGAAGAACCGCAUACAUCCUACCGUCAUCAUCACCGGGUACCGCCUGGCUCUGCGAGAAGCGGUCAAGUACAUGCAGGAGAACAUCAGCACAAAAGUGGAAGCCCUUGGAAGAGAAAGUCUAGUCAACAUUGCCAAAACGUCAAUGUCAAGUAAGAUCAUUGGCGCGGACGCGGAUUUCUUUGGCAAUAUGGUAGUCGAUGCCAUGUUGGCGGUCAAGUCGGUCAAUGCGCAGAAAAACGAAGUCAAAUACCCGGUCAAGGCUGUCAAUAUCCUCAAGGCACACGGCAAGAGCGCGACAGAGUCAAUACUGGUUAAGGGAUAUGCAUUGAACUGUACUGUCGCAUCUCAGGCAAUGAAGACGAGAAUCACCGACGCAAAGAUCGCCUGCCUCGACAUGAACCUCCAAAAGGAACGAAUGAAGCUUGGCGUACAGAUCACGGUUGAAGACCCUCAACAACUGGAGAAGAUCCGAGAGCGGGAAGCUGGCAUUGUCCUCGACAGAGUGGAGAUGAUACUGAAGGCCGGAGCAAAUGUGGUGCUGACCACGAAAGGGAUCGACGAUCUAGUUCUUAAAUUGUUUGUUGAACGUGGCUGCAUGGCAGUGCGGAGAUGCAAGAAAGAAGAUCUGAGACGGAUAGCGAAGGCGACAGGGGCAACUCUUGUCAGCACUCUAUCUGAUCUGAACGGUGACGAGAGAUACGAAAAGGAACUACUGGGGUACGCCGAGGAAGUGGUUCAAGAACGCAUCUCGGACGACGAGUGUAUCCUGGUGAAGGGAACCAAAGCGUUCUCAUCGGCAUCGAUUAUUCUCCGAGGAUCCAACGAUUAUCAGCUUGAUGAAAUGGAGCGGUCUGUUCACGACUCCUUGUCCGCAGUCAAACGAACCCUAGAAUCUGGCAGCAUCGUGCCUGGAGGUGGGGCGGUGGAGACGGCACUACACAUCUAUCUCGAAGAAUUCGCCAUGACCGUUUCUUCUCGAGAACAGCUAGCGAUUGGAGAAUUUUCGCAAUCUCUCCUGAUCGUGCCAAAGACCUUGGCCGUCAAUGCGGCGAAAGAUGCCUCCGAGCUUGUCGCCCAGCUUCGUGUACGUCACGCAUUGAGCCAGAGGGUGCAAGAAGGAGAGGCCAAUGAGAGAGAAAAGGACAUUGCGAAGAAGCGACAGUAUAAGAAUUACGGUUUGGACCUGAUGCGCGGCAAGGUUGUAGAUGUCGUUAAGAUGGGUGUCUUGGAGCCGAGCAUGAGCAAGGUAAAGCAGCUCAAGAGCGCUGUGGAAGCCUGCAUUGCGAUCAUGAGAAUUGAUACACUGAUCAAACUCGACCCUCAAGAGCCACACGGAGAGGACGACGGGCACGGGCAUUAG